UCUUCUUCUUCUUCUUCUUCUUCUCCUCCUUCCUCUUUCCUCCUUCCUCCAUAUUCUUCUUCUCUUCCUUUACAAGCACCCGCGGUUGGGCGGCGGCAAUUCUUCGGCGGCGGGUGGGCGGCGACAAUUCUUUGGCAACGGAUGGGCGGCAACAAUUUUUCUCGUCUUGUGUUCUUCUCUGCUUCCCCUAUAUCAUCCCUCUCUCUCGUUCUUCAAUUUCUCCUUUAUUUUAAAUUUUUUUUUUUCUUUUUGGUCUUGCAAUAGUAAUUAUGUCUAAUUUGAAUGAAUAGUAUCAAAAUCAAUAUUGGGGUUAUAUUUGUAAUUUUCAAUCUUGCUCUUAGUAAGUUUAUUUAUAUUUUGAUCUUGCAUCGAGUAAGGUCUUGCACUCAGUAAUUUUUAUCUUGCAUAUAUUCGUUGCCAAAAUAAAAUCAUAUCCAAAAGAAAAUUAUCAUACAUAUUCCAAUAUCGAUUCAAUUUUAUUUCUUAUUCAGAUUGAAAUCCGAAUUCGAAUUCGAAAUGAAAAUAUUAUUCCAAAAUCGAAAAAUGCCGAUCCAAUUCCAAUUUCCAACCCUUCCCAAAUGUCAAAACUCCAUUCUUACAUCAAAAACCCCCAAACUCCAAAAACCCCUUAAAAACCCAGAUUCUUUCCUUGAAUCGGCUGCUCAACAGCCUCGUCGAUCUAUCAAUCCCUUUUAAAAACAUCAUAAAUUCUUACCUCGUACCAAAGAUCUGGAAUCGCAGUUGAAAGAUUAAUUAAUGGCUUUCAGACGGAGCAUCACCGCUCGAGCCAAGCUGCUAUAUCAACACCCACGCGCCGCCGCUCCAUUUCCGCACAUUCACCAAGAUGACAACGAUCAACAAAACCCUAACCCUAACAACCCCAUUUCCAAUAACCCCGUAAUCUCCAAUCAAUUGCAGCGCUGCCUUUUCGGGACUGGGAAUAAUUUGGGCGGUUCUUACAGGUCGAGAAAUUUGUUCCAUGACCGGAGAUUUGCGAUUCCGGCUGGUUGUGGGCCGCCGGUUUUCUCGAGGAAUAUGUCGAGUAUUGGAGAACGGCCGUCUGAAAAUAUCGAGAUUAUGACUGAUAUGGCGGAAGUGUUUGGGGAUAAAGUGGUUGAGGUGGCUUCUUCGCAGGUGGGCCCGGUGGCGAAUGAGGUGGCGCUUGCGGCGGCAGAUUCUUUCAUGCCGGUGGCUGCUCUCCAGUAUUUGAUUGACUACGUGCAUUGUUACACUGGGUUUAAUUGGUGGGCAUCGAUUGUUGUGACGACGAUUUUGAUUCGUUGGAUUCAACUUCCUCUUAUGAUAAAUACGCUGAAGUCAACUUCAAAAUUCACUCUUCUAAGGCCUCGUUUGGAGGAGAUUAAGGAAGACAUGCAAAGUAGGGAUAUGAGUCCUGCUGCUGUAGCCGAAGGACAAGAACGAAUGAAAAAGCUCUUUAAGGAAUACGGUGUUACACCACUAACGCCUUUGAAGGGACUUCUAAUCACUGGUCCGAUCUUUUUUUGCUUCUUCUUAGCUGUUAGGAACAUGGCGGAAAACGUUCCGUCUUUUAAAGAGGGAGGUGCGUUUUGGUUCACCGAUUUGACUACUCCCGAUACCAUGUACAUUUUCCCGAUUCUGACGGCAUUAACAUUUUGGAUUACGGUUGAGUGCAAUACUCAGGACGGUAUGGAAGGCAACCCGACAGCUGGCACUAUCAAGAACGUCUCUCGGGUCUUUGCCGUAUUGACUGUCCCUUUCACUGCAAUGUUCCCGAAAGCUAUAUUCUGUUACUGGAUUACCUCAAACCUGUUUUCACUCGCGUAUGGGUUAGUAUUGAAGAAGCCGGGGGUGAAGGAGUUCUUGGGUGUACCGGUUAUACCGGUGGAACCACCCUCACCGGAUCAAAAACCAGCCUUGUCGUUUUUCGAUUCGAUAAAAAAGUACGCAGAAGCCCAACAAAAGAUGUCUCUAUCGAAGAUGUACGCAGAUGCCGAACAAAAGAAUUCUCUACAAUCAGAACAACAACCGGCUGAAAUUCCGUCGUUAAAACCGGCAAAUGAAAAGAAAUCCGGUUCGCCUACGCUCCGUCAAAGGAUUAGGGACUUGGAGAAUGAGGUCAAGGAAAGGAAGAAACUGAAGAAAAAGAUAUAAAAAAAAAUGGUAAUAUUAUUAAGUGCACCAUAUUUAUUAUAUGGUCAAGGUGACAAUAAAUCGAAUUUGAUACUCUUUGAAAUACAUUUUUAUGUUUUAUUAUGCGAGCAUGUUCGGGAUUCGACUGAGAUAUGUUGUCUCCACCACUUCCUGAAACUAAUAGUCCGUUUGAACCCUAACGGAAUAACUUACAAUCAAUGCAUUAUUCCGUUAGGGUUCUUAACAAUGUCUCAGAGGGUAAUUAUCAUUAUUGAUAUCGGAGAAAUCUUAAAGUUAUUUCAGCAUAUCUCAGAGGUGUAAGUGUAAUUUAUUACUAAAAAAUAUAUACAUCUCCUUUCUAGAUUUUGAAAAAGUCUGAUAUUGAGAA